AUGGAUUUCGAAAAGCAAAGCUACUGGCGCGAUCGUUUCGCCCGCGAGGAAUCAUUCGAGUGGCUUGUCACCUCCUCAGACCUCAUGGCCACCCUCGACCCGCUCCUCGCCAGCCUGUCCCUCGGCCCCGACGCCCGCAUCUGCCACCUCGGCUUCGGCACCAGCGACCUGCAGAACCACUUUCGCGCCCGGGGCUUCUCCGCCAUCACAAACCUCGACUACGAGCCCCUCGCCUGCGAGCGCGGCCGCGCCCUUGAGGUGACCCGCUUCGGCGACUCAAGGAUGGAGUUUCGCGUCGCGGACGUCACGCAGCUGCCAGCCGACCUGGGCGCGUUCGACCUCAUCGUCGACAAGAGCACCGUCGACGCCGUGGCAUGUGGGGGCGACGACAUGGUGCUGAGAAUGGGGAAGGGGGUCGAGAGGUGUCUGAAGCCCGGGGCCGUGUGGGUUUCGCUGAGUUACUCGUCGGCCCGAUUCUCGGACGAGCGUCUCCCGUUCGAUGUUGAGGUACUGCACAAGUUUCCCGUGCCCAAGAUGAGCCCGACAGAGCCGGAUGUGUUCCACUGGUGUUAUCUGCUGAGGCAGCGGGCGCCGGGUGUGAGGCAGGGAAGGGCGGAACUGGAGGGGGCGGAUCGGGUCUCUGGGGAGACGUGCGGGAGUGGGUUUCAGUAUGAGAGGGAAAGCCGAACCACAAUGGAAAGGGCGACUGUUUCUUGA